UGUACAACAUCAUCGAUUCAUCCAACAUAUUGUACCUAGUUCAUAGCAGUGACGCAACCACAUGCAGGUACAUACUACAAUAGUUCAAUACUAUUACAUACCUACCUUGUACAACGUCAACUACAUCUCCCAGUCAUAAAGCGAGACAACACUAACGCACCCCAUACGCUGCGGCCUCGGACGCACAAGAAUCCUACUCCAUUACCGCCUAUUCGUUCCAUUCGUCUGCUGUCGUUGCAUCCAUGGCGGACCCUGGCAGCAAUUCCCGGGUCCAUGGACUAGGAGAUGAUGCCCAACAACGCCAUUAUUCGAAACACAAACGAACGCGUGGGGAAGAAGCACAACAGGAUAUGAAACGUGUUAAGCGAAGAUACGAUAACGACAGUGAAGACGGUAAUGGCGAUAGGAGGGAUAGGAGUGGUAGGCGUGAUAGGGGCUCGAGGAAGAGAUCUUUGUCACCACCACCACAUGAAGGAUCUUAUCGAGAAAGACGGCAAAGAAGUCCUCAUGAUGGGUACGCAUCACAAAGCAAACGAAGAGACGACCGACAUGCGAAUUCUGCUACGAACCUGAACCGCCGCUCUGAACGCUCGCCGUCAAUCUCCCCAUCCCGCCACCACCAUCACCGCCGACACCGCCACAACACCUCGAACCGUUCGCCGCCCCAACCACCAGCACAGCUCCCCUUCGACGCGAGACCCCUCGUCCGCUCCGACUUGUCAUCCUUCAGGCCGCUGUUCGCGCAAUACCUCGAGGUGCAGAAGUGCAAGGACAUCGCAGCCCUAGAUGAGAGGGAAGUCCGGGGCCGCUGGAAAAGUUUCGUUAGGAAGUGGAACUCUGGCGAGCUUGCGGAGGGGUGGUACCAGGCUGAGACGCUGGCGGAGGCAAGGAAGAGCUAUCCGAGUGUUGCGAGCGGGAAUGUGAAUGUGAAUGUGGACGUGGAGAGGGUGUCGUCGAGGGCGUUUAGCAAGGAAGCGAGCAGAGAAGAGCAUACGAGCGGUGAUGGAGAAGGCCGGGGGAUAGGGCACUCACACUCGUACUCGCGCUCGCACUCAAGGGACGAAGAAGAACGAGAAGGAGAAGAAAAAGGCAAGGGAUCAGAUGACGACGACGACGAGGAUGACUACGGUCCCACCCUCCCGCCACCAGGAUCUACCACUACGCGCGACGCGUCUUACUCCACGAAGCACCACGGGCCCGGCAUACCGAACCUGCAGGACCUCGACCUCCGACGGGAAGAAGCGAGGGAAGAGGCAAAGCAAGAGCACCUGCAGAGCAUCGCAGACCUCCGCCUCGCGCGCAAGGCCGAUCGCGUCGAACAACGCGCUCGCCUCGAAGAACUGGUCCCCCGCGCGGAACCGGGCACGCGCGAGCGCAAGCUGGAGAAGAAGCGCGAGGUCAACGAUAAGAUUCGGGCGUUCCGGGACGGUGCCGGGGGAUCGGGGGUGUUGGAGGAGGUGGGCGAGGCGGAGCUGAUGGGUGGGGGGGACUCGGUGGCGGAGUAUAGGAAGGUAAAGGAGACGGCGGAGAGGAGGAAGACGGAGCGGGAGGUUAGGAGGGAGGAGGAGUUGAGGGCGAGGAUGGCGGAGAGGGAGGAGAGGUUGAGGGAGUAUAAGAAGAAGGAGGAGGGCACGAUGGAGGUGUUGAAGAGGAUUGCUAGGGAGAGGUUUGGGUAGGUGUGUGAGUAUUCUUUGAGCAGCGCGUACGGUCUUGAGUGGGUAGGCACCUUGGCAGAUAGAUAGAAUAUAUAAUCAACCUACAGAAUGAGAUACUGGGAUUGGCAUUCGUGUUUGUUGCUAGGUAUCUGCCCUGAGAUCCUUCGUCUUCCACCUACAUACCUACCUAACCUACAUGUACCUUUCUACAUACCACAGUACGGUCAGUACCUACCGAUAGGUACA